ACGACAGUUUCCCUGCAACACACAGCACCACAACAAGAUGUCCACGAUGCAAUCAGUAAUUUUUAAAGGCCCGCUACAGGUCGCGCUGGAACAGCGUCCUAUUCCUCAGAUCCAGGAACCCACCGACGUCAUCGUCAAAGUACGGUACACGGCGCUAUGCGGCAGUGAACUCCAUGUCUUCCGCGGCCAUCAACCAUCCGGUACGGGGUUCAUAAUGGGCCACGAAUUCACCGGCGAGAUCGUCGAGAUCGGCCCGGAAGUCCGCAAAUUCAACGUAGGCGACCUCGUCGUCUCCCCAUUCACCGUGAACUGCGGCGAAUGCUUCUACUGUGGGCGGAAAUGCUCAUCGCGAUGCGCGAGAGGUAAGCUAUACGGCUCAGCGAUGCUCGACGGCGGACAGGCCGAUUACGCGCGUGUUCCACUCGCCGAUUCGACUCUUGUUGUGGCGCCCGCAGCCGUUGAUGAGAAGAAGCUCGUACUGAUGGCGGAUAUCCUGCCGACGGGGUUCUUUGCGGCGAGAAACGCAUUCCGCGGCAUGGACCAGGCUACGAUCGAGGAGAGUACGGUCGUGCUCUUUGGCUGUGGGCCUGUGGGGGUUUGUGCUCUAAUCAGUGCGCUUGAGUAUCGGCCGAAGCACUUAAUCGCUAUCGAUAGUGUUCCGUCACGGCUGGAGCUCGCAAAGAGCUUGGGCGCGGAGCCGUGGAAUUUCCAGACCGACGCCCAAGGUCUGGGCCAGCGCGUGAAGGAUCUUACUGACGGGCGUGGUGCGGAUGUGGCCAUUGAAGUAGUCGGUCAUAGCAGUGCUUUGCGUAUGGCGUUUGACAUGUUGAGGCCGUGGGGUCGCAUCUCGAGCGUUGGUGUGCAUAAUGGGGAGAUUCCCUGGACUGGGAAUGAGGCGUACGGGAAGAACCUGCAGAUUCAGAUGGGACGUUGUCCUGUUCGCAGUAUUUUUGAAGAUGCUUUGGACUUCCUGGUCCGGAAGCAGGAUUCCUUGGACUUCAUGGUUCAAGAUAUCAGGCCAUUGUCACAGGCGAUUGAGGCGUACGACGAUUUCAACCAGAUGAAAUCGCAGAAGAUCAUAUUUGAAGCGGGGAAAUAGGCCACGGACUAGUUUAUUUGUUUUGACGACUAUUAUGCGUCUAUUGACACGGUUUUCUCUAUAUGCUUGCUGUUGGAUUGAUGCAGAUGUUAACAAGUUAGGAAUGAAAAUUUUCUGUCUUUCAGGCCGGCCGUGGUAUGCCUUUUGAGUGUGAAGUGAAUUGUUUUUGGAUUUCCACGAGACCUGCGCUGGUUACCCAAGCUGGCUCUUUCUAUAACACUCCAUAUCUCUGGAAAAGUGAUAUAGAAGCUAACGUAUACAAAUGCAGCAAGCCAAGUGAUACAGCGGAACCAAUUCCGAUUCGUAUAACAAAGAAUGCGGGCUAUUAACUCUCCGGACGAAGCUAU